AUGUUGGAAGUGGUUGCUGAAAAUUCAGAAGAAGCUUCUAGCAAAGCCAGUAGUCUUAUAGAAGCAAAGAGAGCUGACACCAAAAGCGUAAAUAAGAUCUUGGACGGGUCGAAAGUGCUGGGUGAAGUGACAAACGUAAUUAACAAUGUAAAAGGAAAAGGUAAAGCUUCACCAGCACCUCCAAAGGAUAAAAAAAAAUAA